AUGAGCGAAACUAACGAAACUUCACUAAUGGAGUAUAAAAAGAAACGUACUGCGAUUAAAGGUAAAAUUACGCGUUUUAGAAAUUAUUUUGAACAAUUACGUGUUAACGAAGUGACAGAGCUUGAAAUAAAUAAUUUAUCAAGUAGAUUUAAAAAGAUUGAAGUACUCUAUGAUGAGUUUGAUGAAGUUCAAAGUAAUAUAGAGUCGACUACGGAUACUGAAUUACCUAGCGACGUAGAUAAUUUAAGUAGAGAAGAGUUUGAAAAUAGCUAUUUUAAUAUUUUAAGUGAAGUUACGAAUUUUAUUGAUAUUUUUCAAGGUAAUAAGGUUUCUAUUGACAACUCGCAAAGUUUAAUAAAUCAAGUUCCACGUAAUGCUGAUUUAUUUGACAAUUCUAUGGUUAAAUUGCCAGUUAUUAAGUUACCAGAAUUUGAUGGCAAAUAUACAGGGUGGCUAGAUUUUAGAGAUUCAUUUUUAGCUCUAGUAGAGAGAAAUAAAUGUUUAUCAAAAUUACAGAAAUUUAUGUAUUUGCGAGGUGCUCUAGGUAAAGAGGUUUUUAAGCUAAUUGAAAGUAUUGCACUUGAAGAAAGUAACUAUGAUAUAGCCUGGCAGUUACUAGUUGAUCGCUAUGAAAAUAAAGAUUUAAUUAUACAUAAUCAUCUUAAGAUUUUGUUUGAUUAUCCUAAAAUUACUAGAGAAGAUCAUGUUGAAUUGAGAAGUAUUUUAGACACGUAUAAUAUGCACGUAAGGUCUUUAAAGUCCUUAGGCGAAAAAACAGAAUCUUGGGAUAGGUUAUUAAUUUUUCUUUUAACAUCAAAAUUUGAUUCAAAAACUGUUUGUGCAUGGGAGGCUUAUAAAUCUCAAACAACGCAAGUUUCUAAAGAUAUUCCUACGAUGGUAGACAUGAAUAUGUUUUUAAAAUCUAGAUGUGAUAUGCUAGAAAAAUUACAAUCCACGGAAAUAGUUAACAAAUUUGUUAGAAAACCCCCAAGUUCUAGUAAAAGUUAUGUUAUUCAUGCUGAAUCGCAUGGUAAUAAAAGUAUAAAUUGUUUUUAUUGUAAUAAAAAUCACCCCAUUUAUUCUUGUGAAUUAUUUUUAAACUUGUCUAUUGAAGAACGUCGAUCUACAGUAAAACGUUUGAAACUUUGUGCUAAUUGUCUUUUAAAAUCACAUUCUACUCCGCAUUGUCAAAGGAAAAGAUGCCCAAAAUGCAAUAGUCAACAUAAUAGUUUAUUACACUUUGAAACGACGAAUAGUCCCAGUUCGCACACGGCGGGCGGGGCGCCAAGGAUAUUAGAGGGGACCGGAGGGAGCACAUCGCGCGUCUCUGCAGAUUCAGCAUUUUCGGGGAUGCCUGGGACAUCGGUUAGCGGUCACGCACUAAGCGAGGUUGCCGGCUCGUGUAAAAUUAAGGAAGGUCUUCUGACUACCGCGCUAGUAUAUGUACAGGUCGGAAAACGUCGUGAAAAAUGUAGAGCGAUGUUAGAUAAUGGUUCUCAGGGUAAUUUUAUUACGGAACAGUUAUGCGAAAAAUUGAAUUUAACGCCUACUAGAGUGAAUCACGUGGUAGAAGGCGUAGGAACAGCGACUACAAGUGUAAGCCGAUUUGUAGAAAUAUCUGUAAAAUCUCGACUUACAGAGUUUUCAAUUAAUCUAGAAUGUAUGGUCCUUCAAAAAAUUACUAGUAAAAUUCCAAGCACGUCAUUUCAUAAAGAUAUUUUAAAUUUAACGAAUGAUCUAAAAGAGGUAGAGUUUGCUGAUCCUAAUUUUAAUAUUUCACAAGGAAUUGAUCUAUUAAUAGGUACCGGAGCGUUUUGGAAAUCUUUAUGGCCCGAAAAGAUCGAGUUAGGAGAAAAUCUUCCUGUAAUGCAGAACUCUGAAUUCGGUUGGAUAAUUGGUGGCGAGUUAUCAGCUAACAAGCCUAUCUCUAGUUCAAAGUGCUUUUUAACCAUCAGUGUAGAUAACCGUGGUUUAGAGCAACAAAUUGAGAAAUUUUGGAAUAUAGAGGAGUUGCCAAAAAACAAAGUUCAGUUUUCAGAAUCAGAUAAAAUAUGUGAAAAAUAUUAUAAACAAACGACGACACGCGAUCCUGAUACAAAUAGAUUUAUAGUGAAAAUACCGUUCAAGGAUAAUUUAAAAUUGCUUGGUGAUUCACGUGAAAUAGCCUUAUCUCGGUUUCUUGCAUUAGAACGUAGAUUUUUAAAAAAUGAAAACUUGAAACAGGAAUACGUAAAUUUUAUGCAAGAUUUUGAAAUUUUAAAUCAUAUGGAAGAAAUCGAAGAUACAGAGCCUGAAGAUUCCGCAAGUAGUUAUUAUCUUAGUCAUCACGCAGUUGUUCGGGAAAGUUCUUUAACAACUAAAUGUAGAGUUGUUUUUAACGCGUCCGAAAAAACAAGUACGGGUAUUUCUUUGAAUGAUGUACAGUACAGUGGUCCCGCUUUACAAAGUGAUUUGUUUGGUAUACUUUUAAGAUUUAGAAUGCAUAAAUUUAUUAUUACGGCUGAUAUAUCUAAAAUGUUUAGGCAAAUACUCGUAUCCGCUGAAACCCAAGAAUAUCAAAAACUAUUUUUUCGCGUUAAUCCUAGUGAUCCAAUAAAAUGUUAUAAAAUUAAUCGCGUAGUUUAUGGUAUGGCUUGUGCUCCAUUUUUAGCGAUACGGUGUAUAUUACAAGUUGCGUAUGAUAAUCGUAAAUUACAUCCACAAGUUGCAAAUAUUUUGGAGAAUGACAUGUACGUGGACGAUCUUAUUACAGGCUCUGAUACCGAAGACAACAUUUUGCAGAUUCAAAAGGACAUAUCCAAGAUUUUAUCUAGUGCAGGUUUUGAUUUACGAAAAUGGCUGUGUAAUGAUUUAAAUUUACUAAAUAAAUUUCAAGUAGAAGAAUCCUUAGAAGCUGGUAUUCUAAAUAUAGGUGAAGAUGAGUCUAAUAAAACCCUAGGCAUUUAUUGGAAUUCUAAUAAUGACACAAUCAAGUACACGGUUGGUAAAAUAAAUAUUUUUAAAAUCACGAAACGGUCAACUCUGUCUAUAAUCAGUCAAAUAUACGAUCCACUUGGACUGUUACAACCAGUAAUCAUAGUAGCAAAGAUCUUAAUGCAAGAAAUGUGGAAGGAAAAGAUCGAUUGGGACGACGAACUACCGGAGAAUAUUUUACAAGAGUGGUUGAGCUUUCAGGAAAAUUUAGAAUUUAUUAAUAAUAUUGAAGUUGAAAGACACGUAUUUCUUUCAAACUAUAUUAGUCUUGAAAUACAUGGAUUUUGUGAUUCAUCCAUAAAGGCAUACGGUGCAUGUAUUUACAUUAAAUGUACCACAAAUAGUUUUUCCAGUUCAAACUUGAUAUGCAGCAAAUCACGAGUAGCGCCAAUAAAACAAGUAAAUUUGCCAAGAUUGGAACUGUGUGGUGCAGUGUUGCUGGCACAUUUAAUGAAAAAUGUAUGUGAAUCGCUCAAGGUAAAUUUUACAAGAAAAUUUUACUGGUCAGAUUCUAUGAUCGUAUUAUGUUGGAUUCGAGGAUGUCCCAGUGAAUGGAAAACCUUUGUAGGUAAUCGUGUGGGGGAAAUUCAAACCCUUUCAAGACCAGACGAGUGGAGACACGUAAAGAGUGAAGAUAAUCCCGCAGAUAUGCUUUCGAGAGGUGAGACACCUCAAAGGUUAUGUCACUCAAAAUUAUGGUGGCACGGACCAGACUGGUUAUGUUUCAAUCGCGAUAUUAUGGAAAAUGAACUACAAGUUUUUAAGGACAUUCCAGAGCGAAAGUUAUUGUGUGGUAUUUCUGUGUCAAAACGUUUCUGUGUUUCUAGUAUUGUUUCGGAAUUAUUGGAGAGGUGUUCAAGUUUGGAAAGGUGUAUCCGCGUAUUAGCCUAUGUGAUGCGAUUUUUGGAUAAUGCGAGAGGGUCGCCCAACAGUAGGCGGACGGAUGAAUUAUCGCCCGUAGAUUUGGAAGGUGCGCUGACUCGUAUUGUUAGGAGCGUACAAAUAGAGUGUUUUCCUGAAGAAUAUGCGAGUUUGAGUAAUGGUAGGUCUCUUGCUAGUAAUUCCAAACUGUUAUCACUUAACCCGUUUAUGUAUGAAAAUUUAAUAAGAGUAGGUGGUCGUUUAGCCAAUUCUAAAUAUCCUUUUAAUAUACAACACCAGAUCAUUAUUCCGUCUUCUCACAGGUUUACAGAUCUUUUGAUAUUACGCGAACAUAUUAAAUUAAUGCAUUCAGGCGUGCAAGCAACAUUGUUUUCGGUUAGACAAGUUUAUUGGGUACUGUCUGGUAGAAACGCGUGUAAACGAGUUAUACGGCGUUGUAUACGUUGUUUCAAAGUGAACCCUAGAUCUUCCGACUAUUUAAUGGGAAACCUUCCAAGAGAACGUAUAACUGUUGCUUUUCCUUUUGCUAAUGUGGGAGUGGAUUACGGUGGUCCCUUUUUAUUAAAGGAUAGAUCGACACGCGGUGCUAAAAUAGUAAAAGCAUACUUAUGUCUAUUCAUCUGUAUGAGCACAAAGGCAGUACAUUUAGAAGCUGUAUCAGAACUUACAACAAAAGUAUUUCUAGCAACGUUUGAUCGUUUCAUUAAUCGACGUGGAAAACCUGAUAAUAUUUUUUCCGACAAUGGAAAAAUUUUUAUACGGGCAAAUACUGAACUUAGAAAACUCUAUGAAUUCUUGGUUAAUAAUGAAAAGGAAAUUUCAAAUUAUGCUACACGCGAACGAAUAAAAUGGAAUUUUAUUCCGCCUAGAUCACCUAACUUCGGGGGCAUUUGGGAAGCGAAUAUUAAGCGCGCAAAAUUUCAUUUAAAACAUUGUAUCGGACCAUUUUCCGUAACUUUCGAAGAAUUUUCGACUAUUUUAGCACGCAUUGAAGGCAUCCUAAAUUCUCGUCCUCUUACCCCUCUCUCCUGUGAUCCCAAUGAUCUGCAAGCCUUGUCACCUGGUCAUUUUUUAAUUGGACGACCUAUCACCGCUAUUCCAUAUCCUGAUGUGACGCAGUGCCAAGUAAAUCGUCUCGACAAGUUUCGUCGACUUCAAGCUAUCAGUCAAGAAUUUUGGCGGCGUUGGCAAAGGGAAUAUUUGCCAGAGUUGCAAGUACGAACGAAAUGGAAACGGCAUGGCAGCAGUAUCAUUAACGUUGGAAAACUGGUUCUAAUAAAGGACAUCAAUUCACCUCCGAUGUCAUGGAAGUUGGGUCGGGUCACGAAGCUACAUCCAGGCAGCGAUGGAGUGGUGCGCGUUGUAGACAUAAAGACCGCAAAUGGGCAGCUUCGACGAGCUUUAUCGCAAGUUUGUGUGUUACCAUUAGACUAA